UCGCCGCAGAAAGAGAAAAGAGCUCUUCCCAGGCACCGAUGAUCGACUGACACGAAGGCGUGGCUGAUUCGGUCAGUCAACAGGGCAUUGGUUACUCAUGUGGGUUACCAGCGCGAGCAUGCGGGGUGGAGGGUUCAGGAGCGGACGGUAGCUUGCUUGCUCUUAUCAAGAAGCAUGCACCCAGCUGUUGGAGCGUUGGUAGUCUGAGAAGUAUGCUUCUUCUUCGCUAUGAACCAGGUCGGACAUAUGACGGAGAACACAGGAUGGUCGAUCUUGUGUCAUCCCAAGUUAAGUCGCACGUCCCCAUGCUUCAGACAAGUUAUCCCGAGGAUGAGGUUUUGGUAUCCAGGGUUCUUUCAGCUAUGGCUUGGCAUGUCUGUGAGCCAUGUCUGAGAUGCAUCGGGGCUGUGUAAUGCAGGGUUGGCAGAUUGGCUGUUCAAGCGAUAAAAACGGCGCUAGAAACGCAACAGCUAGCGCUGCGGUUUUUGAUGUGGUUGGAAGGUAUGGACAAGGCGUUUUGGUGUGCAAUAAGGCUGUCGAAUUCUUGUCUAAAGUGAGGGGAAAGUCUGCCUAGAACGACCAGCCCCUGCAGGGAGUUGAUAAGGUCACACGAUGGUGAUGAGGCUUGAAACCCGUCCUUUGCUUGGUCGGUCAACCAUUUUGGGCUGAUUGCUCUACGCCCGGCUUUGGUUGUGAUUGUCGAACCCUGCCUGCAUGAGUUCCAGAGAGCGUUACUUAAUACCCAUGGUCCCAGAUAGCUGUGUAGCUCAUAUCGGAGCUUGCUCUUUGCCAUUGUUUGUAUUAAUUCUGAGAGCUCGUUGACUCGUUGCCAAUUUUGGCUUCGAAUUGACGUGUAAGUUGGUUCCCAGACCAACAACUCCAGCCUUUCUUCCUCCUUUGAGCUGCGGCUUCCAGCUGCAUACAGACCACACAAUGAACGAUUUCGCAGCAUAUCAGGAGCACAGCCGUGAGCCACCACGACGUGAAGAGCCAGAAUGGGACAGCGACCGUUCGGUGAUCUUUAGGGAAACCGAUAAUCCCAAUGGCAUCUUUACGUCAGCACCCAAGGAAGCCUUCAAGCUUGGGUACUUUGACGUCAUGUGCCUGGUUCUUAACCGAAUGAUUGGAACCGGCAUCUUCAAUUCGCCACAGAGAGUAAUGGAAGGAACCCGUUCAACAGGCGCAUCUCUUCUCCUCUGGCUGGCGGGCAUCAUAUACUGUCUCUCAGGCGUCCACGUCUACAUAGAGUACGGUCUCAAUGUUCCCCGUUACACCAUCAACGGCAUUGAACAGAGUGUACCUCGUAGCGGCGGUGACCUCAAUUACCUCCAAUAUGUCUACCAAAAGCCCGCAUACAGAAGAGGCACCGUACUCCUGAGUACGUGUAUGUUCGGAUUCUGUUUCGUGGCUCUUGGAAACAUGGCAGGCAACUGUAUCAGCUUUGCUACCAGAGUGCUUUACGCAUCUGGCAACACUGAUCCAGCUCCCGGAGCAAUCAGAGGUAUUGCCAUCGGAAUCGCAAUUCUCACUUGCUUCAUUCAUACCUUCUCUCGUAGAGCAGGAAUUCUUCUCAACAACAUGUUGGCAAUGAUCAAAGUCAUGAUCCUCUUGCUCAUCAUCGUGACAGCUAUUGUAGUCGGCGCUGGAGCUCUGAAGACUACCAAGGGCGAGAAGGUAAAGAACUACAUCUCGGAGAACACUCAGCCCUCUCGGGCUUUUGCAGACUCCGGUGAUGCUAAUGGCUAUGCUCACGCGUUCUUGGCCAUCAUCUUCAGCUUCUCUGGCUUUGAACAGCCCAACUAUGUCAUGGGUGAGAUUAGCAGGCCGCGGCGGAAACACCCAAUCGCUAUGAUGCUUGGUGUCGGUAUUGCCAUUGUGCUUUAUAUGGCUGUCAACAUUUCAUAUAUGGUCGUGGUCCCAGAAAAGGAUCAGAUAAGUACCAACGUUGCGCAAGAGUUCUUCGAGAGAACUCUCGGCUCCUUGACCGAAGAUGAGACUGGCCAGCGUAUCUUCAACGCUUUCCUUGCCAUAUCGAGCAUGGGUAACAUCAUCGUGAUGACUUACACUGCUGCACGGGUAAAGCAAGAGAUCGCCAAGGAAGGUAUCAUUCCCUACGCCAAGUUCUUUGCUCAAGACGGCGACAUCUCUUUGGGUCGAAUGCUAUCCUGGCUCAAGAAGAAGGGCAUGUUCAGUUCUCUUCUGAGCACACGUUGGCUCUCUCCCGAAGACCACAGAGAGAGAACGCCUGUUGGUGCCUUCGUCCUGCACCUUACAUCCUGCUUCAUUCUUAUCUUCGCCACUUGGGGUAUGAACUACUUCAAUUCAUACACUUUACUCACAAGUCUGAGCGCAUAUGUCAUCAAUGCCUUCUUUGGCAUCUUUCUGGGUCUUGGUAUCCUGAUCCUCCGAUUCAAAGGACCACCACAAACAGACAAGGACGAGAUUCACAGCCCAGCAGCAGUCCCCCAGACUUGGCGACAGAUGACCGGCAAACAUAUCAACCCAACACUCAGCGUUAUAUGCGCAGUUAUAUAUGUGAUUGGUGGCCUGUGGCCCAUCGUCACUAUCUGGAUCAAGCCCUCAACACCACAAAGUCUCCAGUGGUGGCUUGUCCCAGCCAUCACAUGGUCCGUCAUCGGUGGCAGCAUUCUCUGGUUCCUCGGCUUCAUCUCUUUUGCAUGGCGCCGGAAGCAGAAGAGGAACGAGAUCUUUGUCGUGGAGAAGAAGCCCGAGUUCGAAAGUGCUGAUGGCUCUGACGACUCGGGAGAGAAGGCGGGCGGUUAUGUGCUUGUACACGAGACGGUUUACCUGAGUUGGAUCGCAGGGGAAGUUCAUGAGUCAAGAGGAACUGGCCGAACGGGCUUUGACGAACAGGCAGACACAAUACCGGUGCCUGCGGCGAGCCGAUAUGUUGGCACUGACUUUGAAGCAUUUUAUGAGGACAACCACCAGGGUGCAGCGCCAACAAGGGGGUACAAUACGGGAUAUCGGCCAUGAGUGGUUGAUGAUUUAAGUACAUAUGAUAAUGAAGAACAUGUUUAUGAUAAGUUGAUUGUAUAUGACAAUGCAUGGCGCGCAUUUGGAAAUGUAUCAUCUGACAGUAGAGUGGCAACAAGAUCCAUCCUCUACUCUUCCAGAAUAUAAGCUAAGACGGAACAGAAAAUGCUAAACUGGAGUAUGUAAUUUUUAUACAAUUUUUGGAAAUGC